AGCUGCUCACACAGGAAGCCUUGAAGUUUGAAUCCAACUGGGUAGCUAUAUAUAUUUGUUUGUAAUAUUCAAUCUCGGACUAUUAAUGUGUGUCAGCAAUUAGAAUGUUACCAGCAGACGUGGAAUGCCACACUGAUACAUAGAUUCGGUCGGUAAAGUGAUGUUCGAUUUAACCCUUUGAUCGUCACUGCGGCAGUAUUUACUUUUUCCUUGACAAGAUUAGCACUCCAUUCAUGUGUUGCUGGCACUUUAUAAUUGCAACAAGUACCCAAAAGGGUGACGUAUAACCAACUGAAACAAGCUGGUGUGGCAAAAUAAGUUGGGGUUGACUGAAACGUACCUUAGAUUGAAUAUGGUAUUUGGGGAAAAAAACUCAAAGACGUAUGAGAAUCAGUCCUUAAUAAUGUGGAUUUUCAUUUAUUUCCAAUGUGAUGAUUCUGUUUGAUACAUUGAGAGCUAGUUUCCUGGUAGCCCGUUUUAUAUGACCAGGUUAGGUUAUAAUUAUCAAAAUUUUCCCUCUUAAAAUAGCAUGAUACCACUUGAUUUUCUGCCGCAGGGGAGACUGUAACAAGCGAGCUCUUUCAAUAUAUUUGUGCAACUUUGUAAUGUAUGUAAGAUGCAUGAUUUCACAAAUACACUGUUUGUGUGUACAAUGCAUUCGUAGUUAUAGCAUGUUUCAAUUGUACAGUAGUUUUUUGUUUUAAAUGAAUAAGCACUACCAUGGAUUUUCCUGUAGUUUAUUUUUUAUUUUUUCUAAAAUGUAUCACUAUAUGAAUGUUACAAUAUUUAGUAUUUUAUUAGUAACUUAUUUUGUUUGUAGUCAGCAUUAUUCUGAUGGUAACUCAAGUUUAAAUAGGACAUCUUAAAGGCUUAAUAUAAGCACCCCCAUUACCACUUUAGUUAUUUGAAGUGGCCAUAGUGUCUGGAGUUUGAUUGUGCAGUAUUUUACUAUAAAACACUACACAUAUAGAGUUUAGCUGCUUUGCUGCAUCAAUGAGGCAUCAUUAGUCACCUGGCAACAAGGGCUCCGGGUGGAUAAUAUCAGUUCUCUGCAUAGUGGAUGUCUGUAGUUGGCAUGCUGGCAUCUGGUGUCCAAAGGUGAUACUGCUUGAUGUCUACUAGCCCUGUAGUUUGCUGUAAUAUCAAACUGUUUAAAAAUGGUUUGACAUAAACUGAAAGUUUUCCUGGUGCCCAGGACCGCCCCUAUUUCAGCUGCAUUAAUAAUAGAUAAAUAACACGUCUACAUUAGCGGGGUCAAUUUUAUCCAACCAAGGUGAUGGUGAUUGGCUUGGAGAACCAGGGUUGGUCAACUCAGUGCUGUAAGCCAAUCAAUGUCAUUCAAAUUAGAAGUAAUUUACGCUGACAAUGACAAAGUGUUAAGUCUGUAUUAAUAAUGUGAGGCUGAGAUGUACCAUGAAAACCAUAGUUUAUUUUACUGUAAAGUAGGGGUUAGAAGUAGAAAUGUUACAUUUGUGCAAUAAUCAACCAGUGGGAUGAUUAUUGCAUGGCACUAGCCAAUAGUUAAGCUUUUUUUUUUUUUUUUUUUUACGGUAUCCACCUCCCCCCCCCCAAAAAAAGUGGUUCUUUACCAUUUCUUUGGUUACACACCAAGAUGUAGUGUGCAGCACACAGGGCUGGCACACAACCACCUAGGGUGAAGCUAGUGGCGGAACUAUAUUGGUCACUAAGGUUGCGAGAGCAACCGGUCCCCUGUGUUCUGCCUAUCAAGGCCCCCAGGAGGCAGCCAGUUGUUCACUAAGGCACAGUAGCCACCUGCUUAUUUGAACAGCAGAUGUGUACUCUGCUGAAAUGCAGUGUGUCCAGGGGAGGGCUGAGCAUGGGCUGCGAGGGAGCGCUGAUGCUGUUGCUCUUUCUCACUGCUCAUCGUCCAACCUCUGUGGUGAUGCCGGGAGCCAGAAUAUGACAUCACUAUGGCCAUAGCAUGAUGUGAGGAAGAACAAAUAGACACAGUUAAGUCUGAAAAUAUUUGCUCCCAAGAAUGGUCAAUUAAAUAAGGGAGGAGGUAGAGCACUAGACAGGAGGUGUGUGUUACAUGAAGAGUAACACCCACAUAACUGAGGAAAUGGCAGUGCUGAAACAGCGGUGUGGUGAGUGAGAUCUCCAUAUUUUGACAGAACACACACACUCGCUCACCAACACACACACACACACAUGCACGCUCUCUCACUAGCAGGCACACACACACACGCAAGCUCACUCACUACCAGACACACACACGCUCACUCACUAGCAUCUUGUGAUUCUGAGCAGUUUGUAAUAAACAUGGUCUAGAUAUUCUGUGGCCAGCCUUUACUUUUCCCUGCGAACGAGUCAUUGGCACAAGGCCACACCUACAAUGGAACGGAUAUGAUGAUAUGCUUCUAAAAUCUCGCCUUAGAGGGAUCUGGUUGUAUAUGCAGUGGAGAACCCCAGGCUUUAUCAAACUGUUCCAAAACAAUCUGACAGAAUUCAUGAUUGGUAUGCACCGAUUAAUAGAGCUAUAACCAAUGACACACGCAGACACACAAGUGCACACACAUGCUCACUCACUAGCAGGCGCACACACACAUGCAAGCUCACUCACUUGCAGGCACACACACACAAACACGCAAGCUCACUCCCUAGCAGACACACACAGAAGCUCACUCACUAGCAGGCACACACACACGCCCACUGGAGGUGGAGCUUCCAUUUGGGGCGGGACUUUCAUGCGGUGGCAGCCGAAAUUGCUGUAAAUGGUGAAGGAAGACUGACAGGUCUCCCUCCCUCCUGCCGCACCAGCUCUUUUCUCCCCUCGGACUGACACAGGCUGGCACAGUCCGAGGGGGAAAUAUUUAAAUGAAAUUAGCCAGGGUAAGGGCUGUGUGCUUGGCCCCAGGUGCCGCGGCCCACCUGGAAAUUUCCCGUAGGGCCAGUCUGACCCUGUAUAUGUUGUAUUCAAUGUAUUUCAGGGUGAUUUAUGUAAAGUAAAAAAUUGCUUGUGUUGUACACUUAAAGGAACUUACAUUUUCCUGUGAUACCGAUUGGGCUGUAUGUCUGCUGAUGUGUGCCUAAGUAAGUAAAAUGUCAGAAGCAAAAUAGUAAUUUUCCAUGCAAACUCUGUUUAGCUCUUGGCAGCAGUUGCUAAACCACACUGUAAAACUAUAUUAAGAACUAGGUUUUCCAAACCAAGAUAUUUUCAGUUCCGCCCAUACAAAAGUGUUAAAGAUGCAUCUAAUUCACUUUUAAAGGAACAUUAAGAACUGCAUACAUCCUCUUUACAUUUCCUACAUUUUGUUAUGUGUGUGUCUGCCUCUGUAGAGUCAACAACUAAUUCAGGAUGCAUGAGUUAGGUUGGGACUGUGAGAGUUUUAUAUAAUAAAUGUUAGUUUUUUGAUUGUAAUAGACAUCAUUGUAGUUGCUUGUUGUAUAGAAAAUCUGUUCUUAGCCUGUUUUACUUAGAGAAGGCAAAAAGGCUAUUAAUCAGAAAUGGAUAUUUGAAAGUACAGACUGAUACAGGAGUUCCUUACGACCAGCUCUCUAGCAUAGGGAUUCCCCACAUUAGAGAACUGGUCUAUGUUCAGGGAUUUUCCCUGAACAUAGAUUAGAGGGAUUCCCUGCUCUGGUGCGCUUGUGUACAUUCGGGUAAAUUUCUCCCGAACAUAAAAAAAUGCACCAGAGCAAGGAAUCCAUCUAAUCUAUGUUUGGGGAAUUUUUCCCUGAACAUAGAUUUGAAUGAGUCCCUGCUCUGCUGCGCUUGUCUAUGUUUGGGGAAAUUUCCCCCAACAUAUACCUGCACUGGUGCUCAUGCUCCAUAGCGCACCCUCCUUUACCGAGCAAUUCGUUUUAUGACCGAGUCAUUAUGACUUAGUGAUUAUCGUUUUUAAACCAUACAACCAGAGCUGGGGAAAUGUAUGAAGGCAGAACUUAGAUGUAUUUUUUUUCCAAAGCCUAUAUUUACUAUGUAUUUUAAAAGUUGCAUUUAAACGACGUUAUUCAUUAACCCCGAAUCAAGAAUUAUUGCACCUGAACCACAAACCACCAGUCUUUCCUUUAACCUCAGCCAAUCUUGAAAUAAGUUUCCCAGAGCUCCCAUACCUUUUGUGAAGGUCUUCAUGUACCCCCGGCAUUGAGAAGUUACUUUAUCCAUUAAAUAGGUAUAUUUACGUUGUAGUAGUACUGUUGCUAUGGAGGGAUGCUGGACGAGUGCCCUUCUGAUCACUAGGAUGGGUUUGUGGAGAUUCGUACAGCUAUCUACUAUAGGCUUGGAUAAUAGAAUAACCCAUGUAUCUAGGUCUAUAUGUUUAUGAACAAUCUGGGAAGCGAGGUCGCAUACCUUCCUCCAAAAUACAGUCACCUGUGGGCAACUCCUACACAUGUGGCUAUACGUUCCCCUAGUCUCAAAUAGCCCAUAAAUCUGUCUGAGUUUUUCGCAUAUGAUACAAUUUAACAGGUGUGGUGUACCAUCUAAACAUUGUUUUGUAGGAUCAGUUGUGGAAGUAACGUACAGGGGACGCUGGUGCCACAGGAUUUUUUGCCCCCCUAUCACAAUGGUGGCCAUAAGAUAGAUCACCAUCUGUCGUAAAUUUCUCACAAUGCUUUGACAGCUGGGGAACUACCAUUUUCCCAUGCUUGCAGAGUUGUAUGUAGAAAUAUUCAAAGGCAAGUGUUGCGCUCAAAAUCCCUCUACUCCUGGGUAGCAGCAAUGACCACAGUAUACAUCAGCCCCAAUACAAUGAAAACCAAAGAAAAAAGUUAAUAGUGCAAUAUCCCAAAUCCAUAUUCAUAAUUACAUAACUGCAGGUUUUUAAUUCCACUCUAAUGGCCGUGAGGUGGAAGCUCACCUGCCACGUCAAGGCAAACCUUUAAGGGGAGUCCUACACUAACAAUUCACCCUGUUUCCUUCAGCGUAAAGUAAACAAUCUGAGACAGAGAGGGGUAUUUCUCUAAACUCCUGAGCAAUGUUUGUGUGUUUGAAUGUAAGCAUGUUUUUAUAUGGAGUGUUUGUGAAUGUAGGGGUGUAUAUGUAGUGUUGGCAUUGGAAUGCAAGUAUGCAUUUAUGUGUAGUCUUGGUUUCCAAAUAUUUGAUUUUGGUGUUUAAUACAGAGGUUUGUUUGUAUGUAGUGUUGGCGUUUGAAUGCAGGAUUGUGUUUGUAUGUAGUAUUGUAGUUCUAAUGCAGCAGUGUAUUAGUGUUGGCAUUUGAAUGCUGAAAUGUAUGCACAUAUACACAUACACUGUCACACACACUGAAGCAUAUGCAGAUGCACAAAUACACAGAUACACGCACACACACUGACAGAAAAUACAGAUACGCACACUGACACACAUACACGCUGACAGACAUACAUAUAUAAAUGUAGGUCAAAAUUUACCCUUUUGUAGUCACCCUUUGGUUUCCUACCUAUGUAGUUCUGGUGGCUUUCCCGGAGGCCAGUGAGCUGGCUUAGGUAUAGGAGUUAGGGGCUGGCUCUCCUGGCCCAGCCCCCUCCUCUUCUCUGUCUUCUGCUGCUCUGCUAUGUGCCCCCCUCCUCUUUGCUCUCUCUGCGCGGCUCUGGUCGCUGUGAAAGGUAGUGACCUGCUGUCACUUCCUCCUAGGCUGCCAAAAAGAAGGGAAUGCUGGUCGUGCUGUUAAAGGGCCACAGCGUCUGACCAGGCCCCUGCUGACAAAUGCCUAUCAGGUGGCCUCCUUUGUGUGUGGCCCCAGUGUUGCCGCAUCAGCUGCACCGGCUGUAGUUCAGCUACCAGCGAUGUAUUUAAUGUGAGGCGAACAACAUUUGCCUUGGGCGGCACUUUCCUGGAGGGAACAAAAAAUGUCGUCCCCAAACGCUCUGGUCUUGCUAGCCUUGUCCUGCAGGUGGCGAGGAAGUGCAGAUCUGUGUUGUCUUUCUGUAGUGAUGCCGGGAGCAGGAAUUUCUAAGCGGCACUAGGAAGCUGAACAAAAAGAUCACAGCUCCCUCGCCACCUACUUUGUGUGCCUGCCUGCCCAGCAGUUCAUGCAGCCUGGCCAACAGCCAGCCCAGCAGCCCCACUGGACCCCAGGUAAAGAAUCCACUCCAGCUCUAAUAAAGGUAGGGAGGCUGGGUGGAUUUAAAUUAAAAUAUACAACAAAAAUGUACAUAUAUAUUUUGUGGGUGUUGGGGAAAAUGUGUAUGUGUGUGUGUGUCUCUGUCAAUGAGUGUCAGUGUUUGAGUGAUUUUGUCUGUCAAUGUGUGUCAAAUCAGUGAGUGCGUGGCUGUCAAUGUGUGUAUGUCAGGGUAUCUUAGUGUGUGUGUGUCAGUGUAUGUAUGUCAGUGAAGUGUAUGUUGGUUAAACAGUGUGUGUGCCAAUGACUGUAUCUGUCAGUCAGGGCCCUUUGAAGGAAUUUGGGGGCCCCAAGCAAAACAGACAUGGAGGCUCACAAACUCUUACUCCUUCCCCCCUCCCUAUGUUCUUCUUACUACUCCCCCCUCCCCUUCCCUAUGUUCUUCUUACUCCCGUCCCCCCCAUCCUGUGUCCUUCUUACUCCCCUCCCUGUGUCCUUUACUUCCCCCGUGUCCUUCUUAAGUCCCCCUCGCUGUGUUCUUCUUACUCCCCCCGUGUCCUUCUUACUCCCCCUCCCCCUCCCUGUGUCCUUCUUACGCCCCCUCCCCUAUGUUCUUCUUUUUACUCCCCCUUUGUUCUUUUUACCCCUCCCCAUGUUCUUCUUAGUUCUCACCUCCCCUUCCCUGUAGCAUGGCCGAGCUCCUCUUCCUCCUGGCUGUCAGUCUGCAGUCCUCAGUGUGCACUUCCUGUCAGUCCGGCCAGGAACAGUAAACUGAAUCUCCUGUACCGCACGGUACCCGGCUGGACUGACAGGAGGAAGAGAAGCUCGGCCACGCUACAGGGAAAGGGAGGUGACGAGAGAGGAGUGCUACAGCCAUCUGAGGCUCUCUAUAGAGCGCUCAGGCGGCUGCAGCCUUAUAGGAAGCGCCAGCCCUGCUUGGGGCCCCAGGCGAGCUCGAGGCCCCAGCAAUUGCUUGGUUUGCCUGUAUGGUAGCGACGGGCCUGCUAUCAGUGAGUGUAUGUCAGUGCAUGCAUCAGUGAGGACGUGUGUCUUUUGGUCAAAGUGUAUGUUGGUGUUUAACAGGAAGAGGUGAGGCCUUGACAGGAAGGGAUUGGGCAAAUUUAAAUUAGGUGGUUCCCAAGUUUCAUCAUGUCUAGGGCAGCACAAAUCCAAACUACACCACUGUCCGCCACUGCGUAGGAUUGUUCCUGCAUUGUUACACAAAUGGAAAUUUUGCUAUAUGCCUCCCAUAUGGCCUGGUCUAAAAAAAGUCUGAGGAUGUGAGAGUAGUCCGACUGAAGUUCAGUGAAUGCAAUAAUCGUGUCCCUGUCAUACAGAUGGCAAAUCCUUUGUAUUCCCGCAUGUUCGGUGCCUUUAAAAUCCAUCGCUCUCAUUCCCGGAAUAUAUGUUAUGUUUCAUAGUAGAGUCAUCGUAGUGGAUGGAGUGGACAUCAGAUAAGUUUUUCUAGCAGUGUUAACCCAGAUUGGUAUGAAAUUAGUCACAGAUGGAGUUAGUAUGUAGCAAAACUCUAUGUUCCUUAGGGGCCCAAAUGUAAUACGGUGGUAGAUCUGCUCCCAUCAUGAGGGACUCCACUUUCUUUCAUCGGGAGCGUGCCACACUAAAACCUAUGCUAAUUGAGCUUCUAGGAGAAAACUGCAAAUUUAAGGCACAAAAUAGCUUAGCUAGAAAAAAAAUUUCAGGUUGGUUGGUUUUUUUAUUUUUUUAUUUUUUUUUUAAAUAUAUUUUAUUGAAUUUUAAAAGAAUUGGGUAAGGAGUACAGAAGAGAAAGGAAUGUACGGGUAUGUUAAUGCUUGGAUCCACCCAGUGAUCAAAUAUAUAAUAUCCAUUCCUCCUCCUUCUCAAUUAGUUCCUUAUAUCAACAUUUCACCAACAUAUGAGGAGCCCCAGGCAUUUUCUCUUAAGUGUCAUUCCCUAAGCGUUCCCGUCUCUCUGUGUCCAUCCCCUCCUCUAACUAUAUGGGGUGUAUAAACUAGGGAAGGUUAGGUUAGGUUAGGUUAGGUAUGUGGAAGGGUGUCGGUCUACCAUUCAAGGAGAUACGUGUUUAGGGCUCUGUGUCUCUAGGACUUAGAGAUUUAAAGGCCUGUUGUCUCCAGGUAUCCCAUCGGGCCCAUGCCGCUCGCCACGUCUCCCCCUUAGGUCUUAAGUGUCUUGCUUCUGUCUCAUACUGUUUUGUGAUGUCUAUUGCCUCCAAACAUUGCCCAAUCUCAGGCGGGAGUUCCUUUAGCCACAUCUUCCCUAUUAUUGUCAAGGCUGCCAUGAUGAUGAUACAUGACAUGUAGAAUGGUCUUGGGGAGGCCCCUAGGCAGUACCAGUAGUAAAUACGUCUCUGGGCAAUGUGGAAGCUGUUUGCCUGUUACUGCCUUUAUCGUGUUAGAGAUAUCGCUCCAAAACCUCGUUAGUCUUGGACAAGACCACCAUAUAUGGAUCAUAGAUCCAGGUUCUGUCCGACAUCUCCAGCACAAAUUAGAUCUCUCUUGGGCCAUGUUAUGCAAUCUUGUGGGAACCAUGUACAUCCUAUACAACACUUUCCUACUAAGCUCUACAUGGGAUGCAUUGAGAGUGAGAUUUUUGUGUGCAUGGAAUAUAUAUGUCCAUUGUUCGUCCGAUAAGGUUUUGUGUAGGUCCUUUUCCCAUGACCCCCAAGAACGAUGGUCUCUCUAUGUUGUCAUAUUUUGUUAUUAGUCGGUAGAUAGUCGACAACAGUUUAGGGGGACAUUUCGGGGCUGAGCACAAUUUCUCCAGUUCGGUUAGUAAGGAGUUCGGCUGUGUGGUGUCUCUUUUGAUACUCUUCCUUACCCAAGAUUGCAACUGCAUAUGUGAAUACUGUGCUGUCACUGGGUGUUUAUAGUUUUGGACUAUGGAGGCAAAAUCUAAGAUCCGAUUCUCUGCUAAAACCUGGAAUAUAUAUUUUGCCCCGUGCUUGUGCCACAACCCAUACUCAAAGUCAGGGAUAAAGAAUGGCACAGCUUGUAUCUGCAUAGCAGGGGAGAUAUAAGUAUCACUGCGGCAUCUUACAAGGGCUCUGUCCCAUACUUGAACCAUCGCUGCUAUUGUUGGGCUAAUAAUGCAAAAUUUCGGUCUAUGUAUUUUAGGUAGCCAAACCAGAGUGGGUAGGGACAGAUCCCUUAUUUGUGCGGAUUCUAUAGUGUUCCACUUCCUGGGGUUUCAUCAAAAUAAGUGGUUAUCAUUGUGCUCAUCACGGCCGCCGCGUAGUACCUCGCUAUAUUUGGCAACCCCAAUCCGCCCUCUCUAUAUGGUCUAUACAAGGUUUUAGCUGCUAUCCUAGAUUUCUUCCCUCCCCAGAUAAAUUGAUUAAUCACCUGUUGUGAUUCCUUAAAAAAGGAGCUUGGUAAUCCGAUCUGUAGGGUUCUGAAGAGGUAUUGCCACCUUGGUAGGACCAUCAUUUUGACGGCGGCUAUUUUACCCAUCCACGAUAGAUACUUAUGCUUCCAAUUGUGGAGCUGUUGUUUAAUUGAGUUAUGUAGUUUUAAGUAGUUUGCUUUAUAUAAUUGGUUUGUUUGGGGGGUUAGUUUAACCCCUAAGAAAGUUAGGUGUGUUUGUCGCCAAUCGUAGGGGUGGGUAGAUUUUAAUUCUAAUAGUUGAGAUUUGGUCAUGUUGAGGCCCAUGGUUUGUGUUUUAGUUGUGUUCAGCUUGUAAUAGGAGCAAUUGCUGAAUUCUGUUAAGACCUGUUGCAGUUUGUGGAGCGAAGUUUCUGGUUGAGUCAAUGUGAGCAUUACAUCGUCGGCAAAAAGGGUAAUUUUAUGCUCCAUCCCUCCUGGUAACACUCCGUGGAUAUCUUGUGAGUUUCUUAUGUGCUGUGCUAAAGGUUCCAGCGCCAGUAUGUACAGCAGGGGGGAUAACGGGCAACCUUGCAUUGACCCAUUGGAAAUGGGAAAGGGUUUAGAAGUGAAACCUCCGUUGGAUAUUUUUGCAGUUGGAUUACUGUAGAGCGCUGAGACUAUCUUAAUGAAGCAUUCUGGGAAGGCCAGUUUCCUAAGUACAGAUUGUAGGUAGCCCCAGUGCAGUCUGUCAAAUGCUUUUUCAGCAUCUAAUGACAGCACCACACCUGGUACUCCCGUUCUCUGUAUAGUGUGGAGAAUAUUAAUCAAUUUCCUUGUCCCGUCAGAACCCUGCCUCCCCCGCACAAACCCCACUUGAUCCUCAUUUAUCAACUUGGGUAAAAUAGACCCCAGCCUGUUUGCGUAGAUUUUGGCUAAUAUCUUUAGAUCUGUAUUUAAGAGCGAGAUGGGGCGUAGAUUUUGGCUCCUAUUGGGUGGUUUCCCAGGCUUUGGCAGGGUUGUGAUAUGCGCUAAGAGCAUGUCUUUGGGAAUUGUACCGGAGGUUCGUAUGUAGUCUUAUAGCAAAUGUGAAAAAGUUUUAUAAUAAAGAUUGGUAAACCCGUCUGGUCCAAGAGAUUUCCCCCUAGGGAGCGAUUUAAUUGUGAGUUCAAUUUCUGAUCUUGUGAUGGGUCCUGCUAGUACCGCUUGGUCUGGGCGUGUGAUCUGCUGUAGUUGGACUUCACCUAAAAACAGGUCUAUUUCUGCUUGGGACGGUUGGUGUGUCUGUGCAUCUGUUUUUAAAUUGUAGAGGCCCUCAUAGUAGUUCGCUAGUGUAUCAUUAAUCAUCUGUGGGUCAUACAACCUAUUCCCCAUGUUAUUAAGGAGAAAUGGAAUCUUUGCGUUUUGUCGUUGUUGCCUUAAUGACCUUGCCAACAUUUUCCCCGCUCUAUUCCCUUGUACGUACAUCGUUUGCUUUAGGUUAUGUGCUAUAAGGGCUGUUGUUCGCAUUUGCUUCCUAUUUAAUUCCUCACGAAUGCCCUCGAUGUGUUGUUGUGUGGACAGCGUUGGGGCUUUAGUUUGUUUAGAGGUUUCUUCCCUUAGGGAUCUCAAUAAGUCUAUGUAUUCUUGUUUGGAGGUUUUGUUAAGGUAAGAUGCCUGACUAAUCAAGAGGCCUCUAAUUACUGCUUUAUGCGCUUGCCAUUGUGUGGUUACUGGUCUGGUGUGCUAUUAAGUUCGAAGAAGGUAGUUAUUCCCUCUUCCACUUUGGAUUUCAGAUCCCCAUUUAGAAGGAGACUAUCCUUCAAACGUCACGUAGUUGUCCCCUGCGAUGGGAAAGUGUCCUCCAGUGUCAGAUGCACUGGAGCAUGGUCUGACCACACUAUAUUCCCUAUCUCACUAUGUUUGACUUUUGGCAAUAGGUCCCCCGAGAUGAAGAUAAAGUCUAUAUGGGUAUACGUUUUGUGGAUUUGGGAGUAGAAGGUAAAUUCUCGGCUGUUCGGAUGUUGUGCUCGCCACGCGUCAUACAUAUGGUAUUCUGACAAGAGUUGUAGCAAGAGAUCUGCCUGUUUUCCCACUACUUUUUGCCGGUGUGGCUGUAUCAUAGCUGUGGUGUCCAUGCGGGCAUACAGUACAUGAUUUAAGUCCCCGCAUAUAAUUGUAGACGCCUGCACCGUAUCAGGAAUUUUAGAGAGCACCUUCCGUAGGAAGUGCCACUGGUGUUCAUUCGGGCUGUAAAUACCUACCAAGUUAUAAAUGGCCUCAUUAAUUCUAUAGUGCACUAUAAUAUAUCUACCCUAGGCAUCUUUUUUGGUAAUAGCUCAUAUUAUAAUGAUGAGUGGAUUAGUAAGGAGAUGCCUCUGGAUUUGGAAGCGUGGGUAGAGUGAUACUGUAUGGGAUAGUCUUUGGUGGCAAAAUUGGGAACCCUAUUAUGUGCAAAAUGGGUCUCUUGGAUGCAUAUAAUAUCUGAGUGUCUGUGUUUGGCAUCCUCUAGGAGGAGCCUUCUUUUGUGCGGCGUGUUUUAAGCCACGAGCAUUAAUAGUAUGUAUCCUCAUACAGUGAAUAUUGUUGUACUGUCUCUAAGUGUUAUAGUAGACUCCCGUACUGGCUCAUGAAGCGUCAGAGGGACAACCCGGGGGCCCAACUCGAGGUCCCAGGGGUGCCCCUCCAACUGAGUGCCCGAACGGUUUGCCCAUGCGUGCCAACCGGCAACAACAUGUGGGUCUAUAAGUCUAGGUAUAUAGUGAGCUGCUUGAUUCGUGUAACCGAUUUGGGUGGAAGCGUGAGGGAUGGAGGGAAAGGGAAGGUUAAACUGAAAAACUAUGUACAGGACGCCUCUUAGGGAGACGGAAUGUGGAUCUUCCACACUUGGGGUAUAGUGGAGAGAUCGUCUCUCCAUCAGCAUGGCUGUGUGCACCUCUGUAAGUGCAUCUCCUCUGCUGGCACAGAGGACAUGUUCCGCAUAUGUGAUGAGUGGUAUGAUAAUGAGACAGUCAGGCCCCGCCCAAGCCCACCUCCCCAGGCAAACCUGAGAAACCGUCUGGGACGGUGCGGAGGAUCCAUCCAAGGGCAGCCAACCUGCAAUGUCCGGGCUAGAGCCCCCGUCUGUCCCACUCUUUCCCACAUGGGAUCCGGCCGCGGUCAGUUUUUCUUGGCAGCCUUUUUCCACUCCGCAGUAAUAUUCCCCGCAGAUUUAGCUUUUGACACUGUCUGUAUCAUUCGUAAGUUCCAGGCUCUCAACUGUUUUACUCCGUCGUCCGGAUUCGCGAGGGUGAUGAUGCCUCCAUCUUUGAUGACCAAUAGCUUCGUGGGGAAGCCCCACUUAUACUUAACGUCAUGCUCCCUCAGUGUGGCUGUGAUUUGUUGGAAAGCCUUCCGUUUCUUUAAGGUCACCGCUGAUAGAUCCGCAUAUAUUUUGAAGGUAGGAUAAUCUGGCGGUGGUGAGGCCCGCAUCUUGCUGCCUCUAAGAAUAUGCUCCUUUAUGUGGUAAUAGUGUGCCCUUAAUAUUACAUCUCUCGGCACUUCUUGGGGUAGGUACUUAGGUUUAGGGAUGCGGUGGAUUCGAUCUACCAGCAGCACAUAUGCCGGUAAGUCGUCAGUGGUGACCUCCUCCGGGAUACCUCUCAGACUCAAAUUGUUCCUACGAGAGCGAUCUUCCAGAUCCUCCACCUUCCCUUCAAGUGCAUCCAACCUGGCUGCCAUGUGUUCCACAUUAGUGGCCAGGUCAUUAUGGGCCGUAGCAAAUUAGUCGCAUUUGUCCUCCAUGUGGGAUGUUCUCCGUCCCAGCUCCUGAAUUUCUUUCUUCAUAGAUUCCGCCAUGCUCUGCCACGAGGCUAUCAGUUUUGCAGACAGGUUAUCUAGUGCUGAAGCCAGAUCGGCUUUUGUGAUUUGUGCAUUGUUGGUAGGGGUUAGUGGUUCCUGCCCCAAGGGCCCGCCAUUAGACUCCAAUUCUUCAUCGAGGUGUGAGGCCUGCACAGCCAGAGACACAGGUAUUUGUUUCUGGCUAAAAAAAUUUAGCUUCUCCGGUUUCCCGGUGCUCUUUUUGCUCUUAUGAUGAGACAUUGCUAUUGUCCCAUGCAGGAUGGCUAAAUACCACUCAGGAUUGCUUUAGAUUAGGUGCUUGAUGCCAGAGCAAGGGAAUUAUGCGUCCAUCUUGCUCCAAAGCCGGCCACGCCCCCUUCCAGGUUGGUUGUUUUGACAUAAUUAGUGAAAUUUCCCUAUGUAUUCCCAACAAAGAACAGUAUAACCAUAAAAGAAAAGCUCCAGCAAUGUAUAGAUCAGUAAGUGAGUGGCCAGAUUUACCAAAAAGGUAGACUUCAAGCUUUCAGUAUACAGGGAAGUCUUGACACAAAUGCCAUAAAACCUUUUAUAGGAUCAGAGGGAUUUAGCAAGGGACAGACCUUGAUUAGACAAGUGAAAAUUUACUUUACAUUAUUUCAGUACAAAAAAAGAAACAGAAUUUUUUUAAAUCAUAUUUUUUGUGAUUUUUUUUUUUUUUUAAAGUACUCCACGAUAAGGCAAACAAGAAAAACUCACAGGUGAAGCCGCAGGCAGAUUUAUUGCAACAAAAUGCACAGCAACGUUUCAACCUGACUAGAGGUCUUUGUCAAGCCGUGGCCGUUGGGCGUGAGUGCGGUUCCUGCCAUUAACCUUGCUAAAAAGUACUCCAAGCAUCAUUGUAAAGGGUAUAGUGCAGCAUAUUCCGUAUAUACUCGAGUAUAAGACGAGUUUUUCGGCACUUUUUUUGCGCUGAAAAAGCCCCACUCGUCUUAUACUCGAGUCAAUGUCUGUAUUAUGGCAACUUGCAUUGCCAUAAUACGGACCAGGACUGCCGGGCUUGUCCUGUUGGGGGCUGGGAGCAAGCUGUUACCUUUACAGCAGCUCCUGUCAACUCCCUUCUCCUCCGUGCCGUUCAGCUCCACUGUAAGUCUUGCGAGAGCGGCGGCGUCAGGUUACCGUGGCAACGCUCCACGCAGACCGCGAGACUUACACUGGAGCUGAACGGCAUGGAGGAGAAGUGAGUUGACAGGAACUGCUGUAAAGGUAAGUAACCGCUUGCUCCCAGCCUCCCUCCUGCACAGCCCAUCCACUGGACCACCAGGGAUUUACACAGCGCCCCUCCCUGGCCAUGUAUCAAGCAGGGAGGGGGGAUGAAAAAAAUAAAACAUUUUAAUAAUAUUAUAAUAAAAUAAAAAUGUGAUAAUAUUUUUUUUUAAAACUUUAUAAAAUGUAAUAUUAAAAUAAUAAUAAAAAAAUAAUACAAAUGCCCACCCCCCACCAAGGUUGCACACUCUGCAUCACAUACACACACACUGCAUUCAUAUAGACACACACUGUAUACAUACACACACUGCAUUCAUAUAGACACACACUGCAUACACACACACACACAAACUGCAUACACACACACUCUAAGUAAAUAUUCAAUUAAUAUAAUGUUUGGGGGAUAUAAUUUUAUUUAGAAAUAUACCAGUAGCUGCUGCAUUUCCCACCGUAGUCUUAUUCUCGAGUCAAUAAGUUUUCCCAGUUUUUUGGGGUAAAAUUAAGGGGCCUCGACUUAUAUUCGGGUCGACUUAUACUCGAGUAUUUACGGUACUUUACUCCCUGCCUCCUUAUCCAGAGUGACUUGCAAUAAGUCACUGCAAGUAUAACCACAAUUAUAAUAUGAAAUAUCAGGUGAGAAUUGUUCUCUCAGAAAAAGAGUAAUAGUGUAGAUACACCAUAAAUACAGAACUGUCUUGUAAAAAGUUACCGUCCAGGCAGUUAUGCCAUGUUGAUUUUUGUAAUCGUCUGGCACGUGACAGAUGCACUUUAAAGUGCAAAACAAAUAUGCAGGAUUACUAAAAUGCUAUUGAGUCGUAUGUAUCCUUCGUUGUUAUUUUGUAUUGCAGUUUAAGAAGAAAAGAUCUUUGGCUUUUGAGUGAAAUCCUGACAGGUCAUUAGUAGUGAUGUCCUGAACUGUUCGCCGAACGGUACGCCACGGACGCCAGUCAGCUGACACAUUCCAGCCAAUCAGCAGCAGACCCUCCCUCCCAGACCCACCCACCUCCUGGACAGCUCACUAAGAAUGCAGCUUCAAAAUGGAUGCUGUCCAGGAGGUGGGAGGGUCUGGGAGGGAGGGUCUGCUGCUGAUUGGCUGGAAUGUGUCAGCUGACUGGCGUCCGUGGCGAACAGUUCGGCGAACAGUUCGGGACAUCACUCUUCAUUAGUCCAUCAAUGUGCCAGGUUAAAAGAACACCCCUAGCACCUUAAUCUCUACAUAGUAGUGGUCAUGUUGCCAGGAGCAUCUUGCCGACCUCCCAGAGUAAUUUGUUAAAAAAGUUUGACAACUUAUUUUGGGUCUGCCAUGUGCUUGCUGCUUUAAUUGUCUGGCAGUGGAGGGCUAUGCUCAUUGGCUGAUAGCAUCAGCAGAGCCUUUUCAGCCAAUGAACGCAGCCCUGUAUAGUUCCUUCUACGGAAAAAGCUGGAUGUGGUGGGUAAGUUGUCAAACUGUUCUUAAACAGUUUGAUAAAUUACUGUGGGUGGUGGCCAAGGUACUCCUGGCACGAUAUAACCACUACAGUGGGCUAUAAUGGUUACCAUGCUUGCAGUGUUCCUUUAAUACAUGAUAAAAUUAGGAAUUGUGUGUGUGUGUGUGUGUGUGUGUAUAUAUAUUUCUUAAAAUAAAACUAAACUUUGCAUCUCAUGAUGUGGUCUAACAUUGUAACUCAUUAUAGAAAACAUGGAACUCGAGAGGAUGGCUCCGCGGGAAGAAUGGCCAGAUGAGACUGAGGAAAACGAUGAAAAACCUGAAGAAACACCAACUAAUACCUGUUGUGAUAGGUUCCACCAAACCAUCUCUAACUGGAUGCUACCUUCAGACCUCAGAGACUCUUACCUGGAGAGGGCAAACUGCCUGCCACCUCCAAUUUUCAUAAUCUUAAUUAGCAUUGCUGAGGUACAUGGGGAAAUAGCACUAUGAUGUAAAUUAAGUUAUAAUAAUGUGAUAAAUGCUAGUAGAAUUUUGUAUUUAUUUUUUAACUUUCCUCAUCAUAUUCUGUAACAUUGUACAUAUAGUAGCUUUACAAACAAGCUGGCAUAUGGAAAGCAGUAUAGUAGAUAUUAAAAAAAAAAAAAAACACAUCAUUUUAAUUGGUAUAGGAUGUUUGAGGACCCUUCUCUGCUGGGAUGUUGGGGAAAUGUUGCUGAUGUGAUACUUCUAUGGACAUGAGAGAUCAGUAGCUGAUUAGGAAUGUGAGAUGUUGUAGGGCAUGUUAUAUAUAUUUAUUUAUUUAUAAAAUAUUUUACCAGGAUGGAUACAUUGAGAUUUAUCUUGUUUUCGAGUAUGUCCUGCAUCCACAAAAUAUUGCAUUGUUACAAUAGGAUAGAAUAUUACAAAAACACAAUAUACAAACUAUAUAAUAUAUAAGCUAAUAAAUAUAUUCAACCAUGAUAGGUGCAUUCUGUGAUGAGGUAUAUUGCCAUAGAUCUCUUAAAAGAUUUUGGAUUUAAUGAAGAUUUGACUGUGUCCCUGAGGUUAUUCCAUAAUUGUGGUGCUCUGUAGGAAAAUGAGGAUCAAGCCACUUUAUUUUUGUAUUGCGGUAUGCUACAUAUCGUGCUAGUACUGGAACACAGGUUAUAGGAGGUGGGAACAGCUGAGGAGAGUAUUCUACUCAGGUAGGAUGGGAGCUUCCCAGAAAUGCUCUUAUGCUCAAGGCUGGAAAGAUGAAGAGUGCGUCGGGAUUCCAGCGACAGCCAGUUUACCUCUUUUAACAUGUCACAGUUGUGGGUAAAGUAAUUGCAUUCUAGUUCAAAGCGGCAGAACAAAUUAUAUAACGUAUUAAGGUGGGUUUGCGGUGCAGGUGCAUACACUACAUCCCCAUAAUCAAUGACCGGCAUUAGCAUUUGUUGCACUAUGUUUCCUUACUGUAGGGCUUAGGCAGGAUUUGUUUCUGUACAGGGUACCUAGUUUUGAGUAAAGUUUUGGAGAUAUUUUUUCAAUGUGAAGGCCAAGGGAUAGGUUGGGGUCUAGCAGCAUACUUAGAUAUUUAAAAGUGCAGACUUUUUUUUUUUUUCAUAAUCUUUUUAUAUUAGAAAAAGUUUUUGUUGUUUUUUUUUUUUACAUACAUAUGUUUAACACCAUAUACAGCGUAUAAACAAAAACAGACACACACAGGACAUUUUCAUUUACAGCAGUAACCCUUAGCAACUCAGAAAUAAUUCUAAGCAUUUACAGUUUACCCUAAAAAAGAGUUUGAUUGUAUAUCAUCGUAAAACUGCUAAUAUUAUAAAUCUAAACCAUGGUUAGUUUAAAGAAAGAAAGUUUUUUUUUUUUUUCCAUUAUAUUUGUGUAUCAGUAAUUUUAAAGAGCGAGCCCACCUUACAGCUCAAUCGCCUCCUAAAGCUUCUAUCCAUUUGUUAUAUUGAUCUUGUUUAUUUAAGGAGUAUAAAGAAGAACCGUGUAAAUCUUUUUCCAUAUGAAGUUGGAAUAAAAAUUGAUCGAUAAAAUGUCUCCUCUGAAAAGGAAGAUGUGACUUCCAUUGUCUUGCUAUUAUAAUCUUAGUAGCUAAGAAACAAUGGAUUACAAGGGGUUUAGGUGAGAUGGAAGGUAAAUCCCAAUUUAAAUGUAAUAAAGCUGUGUUGGGUCCAUUUUUUUAUUGUUAUUUUAAACUAGGAUUUGAGUAGUUUAAAGGACCACGACCAAAGACAUUUUACUAAUUACUAGUACAAGGGUACCGUCCAGGCAGCCACAUCACCAACAAUGGGGAUUCUGACCUGGAUACAUCCUACUAAUUCUAUGUGGGGUCAAAUACCAUUUGUACAUAAUCUUGUAUUGACAUUCUAUUAGAUUCUAACUAACAGUGGAUAAAUUUGCGGAUAUCCUUAAUUGAAGAACACCAUUCAUUGUCACUUAUAUCAAUAUUUAAAUAAUUUUUCCAUUUAUCUAUAAUAUUUAAGGGUUUUUGAUCAGAAGUAAGUAUCAAAUUAGUGUCUUUGGAAGUAAUUUUCUUAAUUUUAGUAUAGUUAAAGAUAUUUUGAAUAUAAGUAUCGAUUGUAGAUGUUCUUAAUAAAGAUUUAUUCAAAAAAAAUUUGAUUCUCAAAUAUGAGAAUUUCUCUGUUGGGUAGAUGUAAUUUAGCUUUAAUAUCCACAAAGGGUAAUAAUUGGUCUUGUUGCAAGAUAUCUUUGAUACUCCAUUGGGAUUUAUGCCAGUUUUGUAAAGAGAUAUCUUGCAUAUUAUCUUCCAAAACGACCAGAUGACAUGUGUUAAUUAUUUUGUUAGAGAUUUUCAAUUGUCUUUUCAGUAUAUCCCAGGCCCUGAUAAUCUGUGAUUAGAAUUAAGGAUUUACUAUUUAAUUCAUCUGUCGCUUUUUUGUUGCAAUUAAGCCACAAAUAUACUUCUAGUCUAUCCCUUCCGGCAGCCUCUGAUUCAAUUAUAUACCAUAUAUAUUUUUUUAAAACCUGAAGUUUGUAUAUAUGCCCGAUAAUAUUGGCAGAGUAGCAAUUUCUUAUGUCAGGGUAAUUCAAACCCCCUUGCUGAUAUUUUCUGGACAGAACUUUAGAACUAAUUCUGGGUUUUUUGUCUUUCCAGAUAAAGGUCUGAAAGCUAUAUUGAAUCAUAGUUAGCCAACUGUCAGGCAUUUGAAGAGGUAUCAUCCUAAACAGAUAUGACCAUUUAGGGAUAAAAUAGGCGUUUAUUAUAUUAAUCCUGCCUGACCAAGAGGAUUCUAACAGUCGCCAUUCUUUUAGCUUUAUGUUUGUAUAUUUUAGAAGAUUUAAAACAUUUAUUUCCAUAAUUUAUUCUACUUGUAUUGAGAUUGUUGAAAACAUCUUUUGACCAUAUAAAGUCAAACUUGUCUCUAAGAUCUUUAAAACAGUAAUUUUUAACCUUGUUAGUUAGAGCAAUUGAUUUUGAUACAUUAAGUUUAUAGUUAGAUACUUUAGAAUAAUUAUUUAUCUCAUGUAAUACUUGAGGUAAAAAAGAUUCUGGGGAUGUAAGUGUUAAUAGUAUGUCAUCGACAUAGAGUGAUAUUUUUGCUUCUGAUUUGUUGGUUGAAAUACCCUUGAUCUUUUAGUUUGUCCUGAUAUUUAUUGCUAAUGGUUCCAGAGCUAAAAUAUAAAGGGCAUCCCUGCCGCGUGCCGUUUUGUAAAUUAAAUCAGCUUGAUAAAAUAUUUACUCCUACGGUUCUUAAUGUUGGAUUGGAAUAAAGGGCCAUAAUGGUGCCAUGGAUCCAGCCCACGAAUCCAAACGAGGUCAAUACAGCAUCCAGGAAUCUCCAGCUGACCCUGUCAAAGGCCUUCUCGGCAUCUAGUGACAGGGUCAGCAAUUAAAUCUCCUGACGCUCUGUACUAUCCAAUAUAUCCACAAUUCUUCUAGUGCAACCAUCUGAGGAUCUGCCCGGGAUAAAACCAACCUGGUCUGGAUGGACAACUUUUUCUGAGUGUUUUUAAUCUAUGUGUUAAAAUUGCUGCAUACAUUUUCAUGUCUGUGUUUAUUAAUGAAAUUGGUCUGUUGUUUUUAACAUCGGUUUCGUCUUUAUUAGGUUUUAAUAUUGGUAAGAUGUUAGCCUGUAGUAACUCCUUCAGAGUUUUGGCUUUUUUGGCCAUUUCAUUAAAAAGACCGUUAAGGGAGAGACUAUUUCUUUGUUCAUGAUCUUGUAGAAGAGAUUGCUGAAUCCAUCUGGGCCAGGAGUUUUAAAUGAUUCCAAUCUGUCAAUCUCCCUUUCCACCUCAUUAGGCGUGAACUCAAAAUUAAGAUGGUUUAAAUCAAGAUUAGUGACUCUUGGAAUAUCUGUAUCUGCUAAAUAUUUAUUUCUUUGCUAUCUGAAGAUAUAUCGAGAUUAUACAAGUUGCUAUAGUAUUCGUUAAAUAAUUGGCCAAUUUUUUCAGGGGAAGAAUAUGUAAUUUGAUUAUCCAACAACUUGUUAAUCAUGUUAGCUGUGUUUUUGUUUCUUUAGUUUCUUUGUUAAAUUCUCGCUGGCUCUGUUUCCCUGAUAAUAAGUAUUUAAUCUCAGUUUAUUAAUAGUUUUUUUUUAAAUCUUUUCUUCUGUUUUUAUAUCUCUAUCCACUUUUCUACCUCUGUGUAUUGGUUUUGGCGCACAGCCUCAAGCUGCGGUAGCUUGGGUUUGCUAGAGUAGAUUACAGUGUCGUCUGCAUACAUGUGUACAGUUGAGAAUUUGCAGACGUUAGGCAGAUCAUUUAUAAAUAAUGUGAAUAGUAGGGGGCCGAGUAUGGAGCCUUGGAACACCACAUGUGACUGGAAGAGGGCGGAAAGCAUCAGAAAUGGACACAUAUAGCAAUUGGUCUGAAAUAUAUAAUCGAAAACAGGUUAGCGGACGAUCACCAAUGCCUGAGUUUAUAUGUUUUUGCAAAAGAAUGCCAUGGUCUACUGUGUCAAAUGCCUUGGCAAAAUCAAUUAUGUGUAUAUUCAGAAUUGUAUGUUAAUUCUAGAGGAUUCUGUUAACAUUGGGUCUGAUGUAAACAUCAAGGCAUAUGUACUCUAAUUUUGAUAGUGAGAUCAGUAUAGUAAAUCUAGUAGUGAAAUGUAUAAUGCUAACAGGAUGCCUAAAUUAAUUCCCCAUGAUCCAAGUUGCUUGCUUAACUUUUCUGAAUCUUUCAGUGUUGUUUGUUCGGAAAGAGUGCCUACAAUAGGCCUAAAUUGCAGUGUCAACACAGUGUUAAUCCUCCACUAACUCCAUGCUCCAUGAAAUAUCAAAAAUAAUUCCUUUGGCCUAAAACAUUGCGAAGAAUAUAGGAUGUUAGAGGAAGACCUGCUCACCCAAUCAGUCCUAGUCUUUCACAGCUUAAUGAAUCCGGGCAUGAGUAAACCUUCCUGGGAAACAAAUUACUGAAAUGGUUUUAUUAAUUAAUGAAUUUAAUUAACCUGAAUGUUAAAAAUAAGAGUCAUUUAUAGAACAUUUUGAAUCCUUAUUGUCCAAUAAACACAAAUGGUUGAACCUGAGUGCACUAAUGCAGAAAAAAACAAGAGUCUUGAUCCUAGUUAUGGAUUUUUUUUUUCCUCCUACUUAGAAAAGAAAUGUGAUUUAUUUAAAGAGUUGGUUGGUUACAGGACACUGUAUUAAAGGGGAGAGGGAGUUAAGUGAAGUUUGGAAACCGUUUACUGGAAGCCAGUUUUAUGGAUCUUCUGUCCUGAGAUAAUGCUUAUUUUCUUUCUCCGUUAAUUGCUCAAAUAUUUUAUCUUUGGCCCUGUUAAAUUAUUUACCUUUUUAAUAGUCAAACAACUAAUGUGAUGCUAUCUAUUGGCACAUCAUAUAGCAAGUGAAUAAGAGGAAUGAUGCAUUACUAGAAAUUCAGACUGACACAGUAACCUUCUUGCAUGUUUUAUCACGUUCCAGCUUUCAGUAUUCAUUUACUACGCAGUAUGGAAGCCACAGAAACAAUGGAUUACCUUGGGAACUGGUAUCAUGAAUAGCCCCUUGACAUACCGGUAUGAUAAACGAGAAGAGGCAUGGAGAUUCCUUUCUUACAUGUUCGUGCAUGCUGGGUAAGCAUGGCAGCAUAAAUAUUUAUAGUAUCUGUUUUAUAUACUAUGAAAUAAGCACACACCAAAAAUCGUACACAUUUUAUUGUUUACUAUGCAUCAAGCGGUUCAGGACAGUCAUCGGAAACAUCCCCUUGAGGAUCGAUGAUGGUCCUGAACCGUCAUAACGGUCUUGGGGUACUUACCUGAUCGCUGUCGUUCCCCCGGCGGCGAUCAGCGUUUCAUCCAGUCCAGGGAGACUGCCUGUCUGCCCAGACAGUCUCCCCGCGGCAGAUUAGGACCCCCGCGGCCACGUGAUCGCUCAAUCACGUGGCCGCAAUAAGUGCCUGUGUAUCUGCCUGCAGGGGGACUGUCUGUGCUGACAGGCAGUCUCCCUGCAAGUGGAAAAAAUAUAUAUCAUCUAUGUAUAAAUAAAUAAAAAUAAUCCAAAAUAUACAUAUGUACAUAAAUAAUUUCAUAAAUAUACACGUAGACCUCAAAUAUAUAAAUAUGUAUAUAUAUUUAAAUUCUACGUGCAUAUUUAUGUAAUAUUUUUACAUAAUUAAGUAAUUUUAUUAGUUGCAAUUUGAGGGACAUGCCUGAGAACCCAGGCCAAAAGUCCAGAGAAUUUAAUUUGCUAGCACUGUGUUUAACCCUGUAACUUUCUAUGACACCCUAAAACCUGUACAUGGGGGUUACUGUUUUACUCUGGAGACUUCGCUGAACACAAAUAUUGAUCUUUCAAAACAGUAAAACGUAUCAUAGCGAUGAUAUUGUCAGUGAAAGUGAUGUUUUUUGCAUUUUUCACACACAAACGGCACUUUCAGGACACUGAUGAUAUUAUUGCUGUGAUCCGUUUUACUGUUCUGAAACACUAAUGUUUGUGUUCAUUCUGCCGAGUAUAACAGUACCUCACAUGUAGAGGAUUUAUAGUGUUUUUGAAAGUUACAGGGUCAAAUAUAGGGCUUGAUUAGAGUUUUUUUUUUUUUUUUAAAUUUGUCAGAGCGUAUGGUAGCCCAGGAAUGAGAAUUACCCCCAUGAUGGCAUACCAUUUGCAAAAGAAGACAACCCAAGGUAUUGCAAAUGGGGUAUGUUCAGCCUUUUUUAGUAGCCACUUAGUCACAAACACUGGCCAAAGCUAGCGUUUAUUUGCAUUUUUAACACGCAAACAAAUAUAAAUGCUAACUUUGGCCAGUGUUUGUGACUAAGUGGCUACUAUAAAAGACUGGACAUACCCCAUAUUGAAUACCCUGGGUUGUCUACUUUAAAAAAAUAUGUACAUGUGAGGUGUGAUUCAGGGAUUUAUGACCGAUAACAGUUUUACAAUGUCACUAUUGAUAAUUUUAAAAAAUAUAUUGAAACAGGAAUGUCCUACUUGUACUUAUAGUCCUAUAACUUGCACAAAAAAAAAAAGCAUGUAAACACUGGGUGUUUUUAAACUCAGGACAAAACUUUGAAUCUGUUUAGCAGUUUUUUUCAUAAGCUUUUGUAGAUAAGUAAAAGAUUUUUCAAGUAAAAGUCCAAAAACGUGUCUCUUUAUUUUUUAAAAUUUUUCACCAUAUAUAUAUAUAUUUUUUUUUAAAGUCAAAUAUAUGACAUGAUACAAAUAAUGGUAUGUAAAGAAAGCCCUUCUUGACCUGCAAAAAACAAUAUAUAACUUGUAUGGGAACAGUAAAUGAGAGAGCGGAAAAUUACAGCUAAACACAAACACCACAAAAGUGUUAAAACAGCUCUGGUCCUUAACGUACAACAUCGCAAAAACAGGCCGGUCCUUAAGGGGUUAAAGGAACACUAUAGAGUUCUGAUUACAGGUAUGUAUUUCUAACAAUACAAAAUACAAUACAAGUUGCGCCAAGUGAAUCCAAUAAGUCCAAAAAAAUGCUUGAGAUAGUCUUGGUUGGUAACAAUCUGGACUUUAGAUGCUUAUAUAUAAAAACAGAAAAUAACCACUAAUUGUGCUAGGUGUAAGACACAAAACUGAGAUAAUUGGGCUAGCAAUCACAUUUAAUAGGGCUAUAGACCAGCUCUGGGUAAAACAGCAGUACAAUCCCCACUGAUGGAUAUGUAGUUCUAUGGAUCAGUCUCACAGCAUACAUAUGAAUAUAUACAAUCAAAUUUAAAAGCAAACAAUAGUACUUACUUUGUUAAAAUCUAUUAAAAAAUUAAAAAUAGAGCAAUGCACACUGCUCAAGUAUUUGCGCUUGGGUGGUAUGAUCCCCACCAGGGAUAUGAUGUUGAGUAAGCUGUCCAAAGGAUAAUUCUCACCAGGGAUAAGGUGCAGUAGGUUUUUUUUUAACGAUAAUAGGUGUGCAAUAAAAAGCUAAAACUGCUUAAAAGCAUAAAACGUGUAAUAAAUUGUUAAACACACUGGGAAAGGUGAAUAGCAAAUAUAAUGCUUAAAAAGAGUAAAGAAACACAACGCAUUUUGCCAAAAAGGCUUCUUCACUUAUAUAUUUUCCUAACAUUUAUAGCAUUCUCCUCAAUGUUUAGAUUUUUGGGCUGCUGUUGCAAGGCGGAUAGUCGCACUAACUGAGCUCUGUGAUUAAGAGAUUAUUUUACUUUUCUUUUCUUUUGCUCUAGAACAUGGUUUGGACUGUUGUUGUUGCACAUAUGGGUCUGUGGGAGCAAUAUAGGUUGUAAGAUCAAAAGCCUGAAAAGCAACGGUAAGCAUAAACAUCAGACCACUUCUGCAGCAAGCUCAUGGCAUGACUGGGCCCAAGCUAACCUCCCAUCUAGAGGACAACUCUGAAUUAUCUGAUGACCUGUCCCUUGGGACUAAAGAAGACAACAUAACUGCCAUAAUGACUUUAGUACCGGCACCUUUUGGUCCAGAUGACACACCAAUGACAAUAGCAGUUGUAAAGGAACUUUUAGCGGACCUCCAGAAAAAAUAUAUUUUAAUUGACGUGGCAACACUUUGAUUUGAUUUGCAAGGCUUAACGGGCCGACUUGAAAACUACCUUCCUUGACUGUACACACCAAUUUAACUCACCUCAACAAUGCUACAGGGGCUACAGCAACAACAUGAAACGAAUGAAAGGCACUUUGCAGCACUGGAGGAUAUGUGGCGAAGGAAUAACUUAAAUAUACAGGGCAUCUCGGAGGAUAUUACAGCUUCAGAACUGCAUCUAUUACAAUGCAUCCUAGGACUCUUUUGACUCCCUAAAUUACCCAGGGCUCCAGCUGCAGUGCCAAGGCAGAGAUAAAGCCAGAGUUUUGGCGGCCAUCAAGAAGCAAACUCCCUAUACCUUUGAAUCAAUGUGAGGUAUAUUUUAUGCAGACUUCUCUGGAGGUACACUAGUGUGGUGACAGUCACUUCUACCAUUCACAUCCCUGUUCAGAAAACACAACAUUCAAUGUCAAUGGCAAAUGUGUCGCACACUUCUGGUCCAUAACGGUGGCACCAAGCAUGCAGUUCAAGAUGUCCAAGGAGAAAUAGCCCUAUUAGCAACACUGGGACUUCCUCAGGACUCCCUUAACUAUAACUGGAACUGAGCAGUCAAUUGUGUACCCCAAUAAUGGGAUCUGGUGAAUGUAGCCAUGUUUACCUCAAGACAGUCCACACGCGACUCUCAUGCUGCAGUUACAACUAACACAAUGCCCUAGCUUAAUGUGGCAUUAACAAGUUUGAUUAAUGUUUUUUGUUUCAAUGUAUUAGUCUUUAAUUAGUGUGCUUUUCCAAUCCAUCCCUUGCCCUCAGAUCGAUUGGUUUAAAUACCAAAUGUAUAGCCCCCCCGCCCCCAGCACCCACCUUGAAGUAUUACUAAUAGGUAACCAUAUAGAGUAUCACUAUAGUAAGACGUAAAAUUUAGGUUCUCCUCAGUCGAUGCUUUAUCAUCUAGUGAUGUAUCUAAUGUUCUUUUUAGGUCAAUGAGAUAUGCUGUGUUUAUGGUAUUGAAUUUAUUCAGAGUUGAUGCAUAUGUACAUUGUACCAUUUAAAGGGAUGCAUAUUAGAACUAAAACCUAAUUUUUAUAGAAAGACUUGUACAAUGCAAAUUCAGAUACCUUGUAUGCUUGCGCAAUAUUGUAUUGUAUUAUUGUUUAUAUGUAUUGGUACAUCCUGUCUAUGAUCUGAACUAAAAAUAAAAAUAUAUAAUUUAAAAAAAAAAAAUUUUUUUAAUUCUUUUAUUUUUGGCGUGUCGUUGCAAUACAUUCUGGUGGGAAUAGCUGUAUAGCAUAGUACAUACAUGGCACAAUCGAGUAUAAGAAUACAUUGUGUAGUGCGGUUCGUACCUUAUUGUCUACAUUGUCACAAGCUGAAAUGUACUGUUAUUGAUGACACUUUUUGACAUUGUCACAUUAUCACAUUAAACCAUUAACCAGUUAACUGUGCGGAGGAGCGGGGGCCCCGGCCCGACGCCUCGUUGAUUUUGUCGCUUUCAGCUUGUGGUGAAUGGCGUCAACACGAGGCCCCAGCCCCCCGACGGCAUGAGAGAAAAGAGAGUAGUGGGUAGGGGGGGGAGGGGGAGGUCAGAGACCGGAGUUUCGCCCAGAUCACGCCCAGGGUUGACCAGGGGCGGCGCUGCCCUCUGCCCCGCUUUAGUUUCAUUCGUCUCUAUGCGUGGCCAUCCAGGGUUCCCACACCCUUUCAUAUGCUUUCAUGGUACCUCUCACCAGUGCCGUGAGAUGGUCCAUGACUUGGAUGUCUUAUUUUGUGUUUCACCAUACAGAUCUGUGGGAUGUCUGGUUUAAGCCAUGCCUGUGCCAUAGUGAGCCUAGCUGCCAGGGUGAUUUUACGUAGGAAUUUUUGCUCCCAUCCUUUCCAGUCUGCCAUUGGUCUGGAUAACAGGCACACCCAUGGGUCUAUGCCUAAAAUAUAUAAUUUUUACUUGCUCCUUGUGUCUGUGAAAAUGACAUUGCUGCUGUUGAUCUCAGCACUCUGCUCAAUGAGCAGCAUUUCAUUGAAUAAUGAAGUAAAGGAUGGUCCACAGGGGUAGGUGGGGUGGCGCCACCCAGUUUUUGUUGACAACAUAAAAAAUGAAAUCUAUUUUCAUUGUAAGGACUGCUGAUAAGUGUAAGUUAGAAAAAUGUCUGCCAUGAUUAUACCAGCAGUUUCUUUUAUCCCUAUUAUUGAUGACUGGAGAUGCAGCUGGUUUCAAACAGGACAUGGCAUUUCAUGUGAUUAUACAGAGCCCAACAUGUCAGGGGGGCAACACGUCUCCAUUUUAAAUUUUUUUAAAAAUGUCAGCUGCCUUUUAUUGCACCCACAGUGCCUCUAGUGGUCAUUUAAAAGCAAACUGUCACUUCUAUUAAAAUUACACAAUUGAAAAAAACUUUGAAAAUCAAUUUAUAAAUGGUGUUGAUUUUUUUUUUUUUUGUGAUUCUAUUUUUAUUCAUAACCUUUAUUCUUUCAUCGUUAUUUUUUUACUUUAUCUUUCACAGUAUCAAUAGUAUCAAGAAAUUAGCGCAUUAUUUUACAAUCUCAUAAACCAGUCCACGCACUGACUGGUUUUGGCUAUGCAAGUACCUGCUGAGCUUAAUGAUUAGUUCCUGGCCCUUCUUCAAUCCAGUCAGUACUGAUCAAAAUAUAGUAUAUGCAGUGUGCUAUUGUGUGUGUGUGUCCUCAGAAAACUGGAGGUCCAAUAAAAACCAGAUUAUGUGUAUUCAGUGUUUAUUGUAACACAGUGAUACUAGUUGUAUAAUAAAAUUUUGAUUAUUGAUGUUACAUUAUAACAUGCUCAUGUUCUAUAAGCAAGUAUAUUGAUACAAUGUUCUCUUAUUUACCAUCUACAGAGUUCAACACAUUAUUGGGAACCUUUUUCUCCAACUUCUUAUUGGAAUCCCCUUAGAACUGGUUCAUAAAGGACAUCGUGUAGGUCUAGUAUACCUGGCAGGAGUCAUUGGAGGUCAGUACUCUUCCUGUGGCCUGUAUUCUUGCUCCUCGUUAUGUGUCUGUUAAAAUGUGUUGCUUCACAAAAUCCAGAGAACUCCUAGGUCUCCACAGUAUUCUAUAUUUUGAAAAAUAGUUUUACUACAUGACUUCCCUAAUCUCAGGUAAAAUUAUAAAAAAACAACUCAUCAGCACUUUAUGAAGGAGAAACAAUCCCACAGAUUAAAUUAUUGUGUAGGAGGAAUUGUUGAAUAUAUGAUUCAUAUUCAUUUGUCCCCCCCAAAUGGAAAGAAAUAAUCUGUGCUAUAAAAUAUUUAAAGGUUCCUAUUUGAAUCAUUAGUUAUACAUAGCAUAUCAGAUAAAAAAAGAUGCACGAGUAACGUUUUUCCUAAUUUUUGGCUUAUCACUAGGAUCCCUGGCCAGUUCCAUUUUUGACCCUCGUAAAAAUCUGGUUGGUGCUUCUGGUGGUGUCUAUGCUUUAAUAGGUGGUUAUUUUAUGAACGUGAUAGUGGUGAGUAUAUUUUUCUGCUACUCAUAAUGGAGACAGAUUAUUUGUUGUUUCAAGUCCUCAAUAGAAAGCUUAAACCAUAUAUUUAAAGUAAACUCAGAAAAUAUUGAACUAUUUCCCUUAUAUUUUCAUACUGACACAUCCAUCAACAACAUACUGUGUUUUCAACCAUUCUCUACAGCUAGUUAAAGCUCCCUUUAAAACUAUGAAAAUAAUUGCUGAAAAUGUAAUAUGUUUUAAAAACAAUUCAUGGCUCUUCUCCAGUGUGUGCUUAUGAUUUAAAAUACUUUUGUACUAGGGUAUAAUUAAUGCCUGCCCUGAAACAUUGAUCGAUAAUUAGUACCUUUACAUCAGGAGGCAUGGCAGUCAGAUCUACGUAAGCUUACGCUUGAGUCUUUGUUCCUGUUUGGAAUAGGUUUUUCUGUUAUAUAGAGACUUUUAUAAGUGUCUUGAAUUGUCAUAGAUGUACUGAUUGUUUUAUUCAGUGCAUAUUCAAUUCUAUAGCAUUAAAGAACACUCAAAGGUGCCUGUCACAGCCUUUAACACCAUAAACACGUCACGUCUCUUGUGGUUAUACUGCUUGUAACAGGAAUUGGGUAGAUUGGUCACGAGCUUGGAAUUGAGGCUUUGCCCGCAACCUCAUCCAUCUCUUCUCCACUGGCACCUGAGACCACCACCACAAUUCUUUACGGUAAGAUCUUGUGUCUGCCCAGAAGAGCAGCAGAUAUUGCCUGUUCUGACUGCCUUUUCUUAUAGGAAAGUAAUAAUUCCUAUGAGUGCUCCUGACAGUCUUUACAAAGACACUUUUGGCUCAUAGGCCCAAUUGAUUAAACUUUCCACACACGUAGACAGACUUUGUCACAAUGCCUUCCUUGAAUAACAGACAACACUCCUGUUCAGGUGGCAAGCAUAUCCCCAAAAUACUUUAUUUACCACAAGGACUAGCCUCCAGCACACAUAAUUCACGUUAUCGUGAGACAUGCAAACAGAAGCAAAUCUAUGCAAAUUCCCUAGCUUAAACCUAUUCACAAGAAUUAUAAUAGAGAAGGAAGUGACACUCUCAGAAAACCUUCCUGUUACUAUAAGUGUUUAUUUAGGUUGUUUACAAGCUAUAAAUAUGCUUUGCUCGCUGACUUAGGAGGCAUGAACCUUUUUGUUCUUUUGAACAUUGAUACAGUUAUUUAUCUCACAUUGUCAGUCUGUGCUUCAUCUUUGAAGAAAAAUGUUUGUAUAGUCCUCACAUGGAACUUUAAAGCAGAUGUUUUUUUAAGGCAGCAAUCUGGAAAAAGGACAGAUACAAAUAUUUUGUAUUUGGGUAUGGACUGUCCCGUUAAUGUAUGUCAAACUCCAAACCCAACAGGAACACACCCAACACGAGUGAUGGAGGUCACACCCUGCAUCCCAUCAUUUCACAUUCUAAUUAAUAGGUGGCUCUAACUGCUUCUACUGUUUGGGUUCGGUGCAUGCUGAUGCCAGUUUGAAAUAUAAAAACAAAUGGGCAUUCGCGAAAAUAUAUACUUUUUUUUUUUCCAAAAAUUUUAAACUACGUUCACAUCAGCACACUAAUUCCACAUACAUAUUUGCAUAUAUGGGCUUAAUGUUUAAAUAGUGUAAUAUGGAAAAAAAAUUCUAAGUGGCAAAAAACCCCCAUCUUUCUUAAACAAAUUGAUACUGCCAGUAUAAGUACUUACUGUAUUGGAAGUAGUCUUAAUUCACCGGGGUGGAACUCUUUACAGUGUUUACACUAAAGGUCGAUUAUUUUUCUUGUUCUAUAUUCAUGAUUGCCAUACAUUAUAUUUGAGCACAAAACCUCUAAAAUAAAAAAAUAGGUUUGCUAAAGCUAGAAUAAAUUAGUUCUAUUAUUUCAAUAUAUUUAUAUUAAUCUAUAGUAGAAAUAAAGCUAAGUUUUAACCAUGUUCUCUUUAUCACAAGCCUAUCAUUAUUACUCUAACCUGCAUCACCGGCUUAUCCUCAAACCUCUCUGCUGGCUGUGACAUCAGCCUAGAGGACCCUAUUUUGGUUACCUUGUCUAGUCUUAAACCGACCUACCAAAUACCUUAAUUCUACAAAUGCCAAUACUAAUACCCUAAAAUAGGAAGUCUAUGUGCCCUAAUUGUAAACCUUUUGUAAAACCUAUCAAAAGUACUAGUCUAUUGUGAAAUGACAUAGCAACGAUGUUGUGUACUAAAAGAAAAGCAAGGUGUAGUGUUUUACUGCGUUUUGCAGCUUUGUCAAAAAAGCAACAAAAACAAUGCUAGUUUGUCACGUUAAGAUUGCUAGGGUUUUAAAUUCCUGUUGUAAUCAUUUAAUAGAUUCACUAGGACAUAUCACCAAUUAAACUUUCUCCAAUAGUAAACCGUAGGUGUACCUACACCUAAUUACACUUGGAUACCAUGUAUCCUUAAAAUAAAGGGAUUAAGGAGCUGGGUUAUUGGGAAAUUAUGGGAUCUCAUAUUUGUGCUUUGCCCAGGGCAUCACAAAGUCUUGAGCUGCCCCUGAUAGUUGUGCCCAGUCUAUAGAAGAGCUAUGCUAAUUAUUUACUUUUUAAAAAAUAUAUAUAUAAAUGGCAGCUUUACCUGACAAGUGGAUCAUAACAUUUUUUUACAAAUGUAAAAAAUUGUUGAAAUAAAAUGUAAUGUCGCUUAAAAUGAACUACUUUGGGCACAGAGCUUCAUCAGAUAUUUCUGAACGAAUUACUUUAUCUUGUAUAGUGGAAAGCUGGUAGCUAAUCUGCAAAUUUAAAACCAUAGCUGCUGGAGGGCUAACACUAUCAAAAUCAAACCGGACAGCCUUAGGAUCUCAGGAACCAUGGCAGUGGUUGGGUGACAGUGCAAGGAAGAGACCUGCAUCCACCAACAAAACCAGCCAUCCUUUCUUAGAAAAAAGGUGGAUGUCUCUCUGUAUAUAAUUUAUUUAUUUAUUAAACAAAUAUGUGCAUUAUUUCUUUAUUUAAAAUAUGACAUUAUGCAGCAAGGGUGAGCACUGGGUGUGGCGCUACUAUGAUUUCCACCUAAGUGAUACCUCCUCAGAGAGCUAUUCUGCAAAGCACCCAAACUAAUUGGCUCUUAACUAGAGUUGAUUGAACCCGGACUGUAAAGUUCAGGUUCGUACUGAACAUUAAGUUUUUUGGACCCCGGACCCGAACAUGGACAUAUCACUGUAUGUUCGGGUUGGAGUUUGGUGUUCGGCAAUUUAAUGGCGCGUUUUGAAAGGCUACAGGCACCCAAUCAACAAGCGUUUGACUCGUGUGCCCUUAGAAGCCAUCACAGCCAUGCCUACUAAUGGCAUGGCUGUGAUUGGCCAGUGCAGCAUGUGACCCAGCCUCUAUAUAUAAGCUGGAGUCGCGUAGCGCCGCACGCACAUGAGGUCUUAUUAGUGUAGGGACAGGAUGCUGCCGCUGUGAGGGACAGCUUAAGAAAGAAUUCUGCAAACUAAUACAUUAGUGGGGUGCACUUCAUAUCUGAGAGUCAAAUAGAAGAGCCAAAUAGUGUGCUUACAGCACAGUUGUAAAAAUUCUAAUUGUUUUACUGCUAAUCUGCUAAAUAGUACAUUUUGGGGGUGCACUUCAUAUCUCAGAGUCAAACAGAAGCGUCAAAUAGUGCGCUUACUGCGCAGUUGUAAACACUCUAAAUGUUUUGCUGCUAAAGUGCUAAAUAGUAAAUUUUGGGGCCUGCUCUUCAUAUCUGAGAGUCAAAUAGAAGCGUCUAAUAGUGCGCUUACUGCACAGUUGUAAAAAUUCUAAUUGUUUUGCUGCUAAUCUGCUAAAUAGUACAUUUUGGGGGUGCACUUCAUAUCUGACAGUCAAAUAGAAGCGUCAAAUAUGAAUAUAACAAUAUUGUAAUUCGGGGGCAAUACCCUCACAAGUCAAACUGAGAGGUCAGUUUAUAGGGAAAACUGUUGCCUGGAUACAAUUCUAAAACAAUUCCCAUAUGUCCUUUGCAGAGUUUACAUGCUGGAAAAACACAGAUGCCAACUGCUGUGGCUUUCUGCAGUGUGCAGACCGGCAAGGAGGGCAGUGUUGAGGAGUGGGUGGAAGAUGAUGUGGAGGAUGAUGAGGUCCUAGACCCCACAUGGAAUCAAGGUCAUGCGAGUGACGUGUGCAGUUUGGAGGAAGAGGCACUGGUCGCACAGGGGCACCAGCACAGUAUAAGAGGGAGCAAGGUGCAAAAGCGGUCGUCGGCAUGUAUUGGCUCGAGAAUUACCAGUUAUCCAAGUAAUACAUGUAGCGAUCAAAGGAUCCAUAAUAAAGUUGAGCGAACCCAAACUGCAAAGUUCGGGUUCGUACCACAUUUAACGAUCCAUUCGUAGUUUCACAGUCAGGUGGGCAGUCUGGUGACCGGGACCCAGACACUGUCUGGGCGGCAGUCGGAUGGCCGGGACCCAGUAUGCCUGAUGUUGAAGUUAGGAGUCACAGUGUGGAAUGGAUUAGCAGGGUCUGGUGCAGGGUAACCGCACGCCCCCUGGUGUUGAGCACCAGCGUUUGUGCGGCCACAUACCAGAACCCUGAUGCAGCUUCAGUAAAAAGAGUACUGGAUACCAGAAGCCAUCACUAGACUGAUCCGCAACUUGGAACAGGAUGUGACAUUCACUGUAGCGUCUGUGCGCACUUUCUGCGUCUCACCCUGCUGCUGCUCGCCUGUCUGCGUUGCAGCAUAUCUUCGGCCUUCCCGCUCACCACUUCAUAUGCGACGUGCCCACAAGGCCACCUUGCACAUGCUGGAGAGACUGCGAGCAGCAGCAGGCGAUAGUGGAGUUUCAGCUGUAGUUGAUCAGAGUUAAAGGAAUUCAAGUGGACUCAUUACAAUUACAGGGUCUCUAAAGAGUCCUGUAUUGUUAUUUGACGUCACUACCUUCCCGCGUCGGGAGUGGGUCAUUUGCGCACCUGCUGCCUUCCUUGCAUGCGGUAGCCGUUUCUCAGAUUCCCUCUCCGUAAUCCAACCCUGAUUCCCCGUUACCCGUGGUCACCAUGGUAGGCGCAGAAACCGGCAUCGAACAUUGAUAUGGAUGACAUCCGAAUGCAAAGUCGCCGUCACGUGGAUGUGCGAUUGGCUCGAGGUUCUCUAGAGUCAACAAAGUGCCUGCGCAACUAUAAUGUCAACAGCUACUCUGCUACUAUGUCCCAAUAUUUUGGGGGAUACCCCAAUUAAAAAACCUAUGGGUCAAUUAGUAUAAACUAUGUACACAAUAGCAGAAGCUUGUGAAUGCCUUUUCUCCAUGCAUCAGGAGUUGAGCAUUUCUCCAUGCAUCAGGACUGCAAGAAAUGCACUGCAGGCUGCAAAUGCUUCUUUUUUUAAAUGUCCCAAUAUUUUUGGGGCUACCCCAAUAAAAAAAAAAAAAAAAAAAAUAUAUAUAUAUAUAAAAAAAACAGUGCUGGGUACCUCCUCCACCGCCGCGCUUCCACCUACACCGCCACGGUCACUGCCUCCUCAACCUAUGGGUCACUUAGUAUAAACUAUGUACACAAUAGCAGAGGCUUGUGAAUGCCUUUUCUCCAUGCAUCAGGAGUUGAGCUCAGUUUGAACAAUGAAAGAGAAUACCCUGGACUCCAACCCUCUCUCAAAUGGAUAAUUCUGGUUAUCAUCCUGACAGCCAUGCUUUAGAUUUUGAUUUAUGUUCUUCUUAAGCUAAAAUCAAAGAUUCCAUCUAGUGCUAUUUUAUGGCUCGGCUGUAUUUUAAAUUUUUAUGUUAUUGUAAGUGAUUUCCCUAUCCACGUUUGUUUGCAGGACACUUGUCCUACUCUUACCCCCGUUUUACUUGCUUUUGCAGCCCUCUAGCCCUUUCCAGGAGAUUUUUGACUUCAAUGGGGUUUGGGUUCAGGGUCAAGUUCGAGCAAGAACCCGGACUUUUUUUCAAAGUUCUGCCGGACCCGAACAUCCAGGUGUCCACUCAACUCUACUCUUAACAUCACAUUCUCUCAGCAAGGGUUUCUAUCAGGAAAAAACACUCUUCAGAUGGAUGCCUUUACAAUGAAACAAUGACAAGUCAUAAAGGUUCAAUUCCAGCUAAACUUAACUAUAGCUUACUUAUAUAAAAUUAGUUAUAAUCUGAUUGACAUUUGCACAUCCAUAUAUUGAGUUAAAACACAUUUACACUUACAAGUAAAACUGUACUGAGUAAAAUGUAAACUGUUUCCAUUUUCUUUCUAGAAUUUCGGAAGUAUGGUGCCGCUAUUUGGGAUAUUUCGAAUUUUAUUGAUUGUACUAAUAGGUAUGUUUUUAGUGUAUGAAUCAAAUUCUCCAAUGCCUCAUUUUAACAUUAGUUUCUUUUGCACAGUUUUAUAAUAUGUAUGCCAUGCAGAAAAAAACCGAAAUAAUAAUGUGCGCCACAUCCUUUGUUACUGUUGCCUCUUGAAGUCAUAGUGACAUUUUCAUAUUGUUGUAACAGAUCAGAAGUAUUGUCUGUCCAUGACAGGUGUCCUAACACUGUAAUCUCUGAUCCUGAUAAUAACUAAUACUGUCUGACCAUGACAAGGGUUGGUUCUAGCACUGUAAUCUCUGAUAUGGAUAACGAAUACUGUCUGACCAUGACCCUGGUUCUAGCGCUGUAAUCUCUGAUACGGAUAACGAAUACUGUCUGACCAUGACAAGGGUUGGUUCUAGCACUGUAAUCUCUGAUAUGGAUAACGAAUACUGUCUGACCAUGACCCUGGUUCUAGCGCUGUAAUCUCUGAUACGGAUAACUAAUACUGUCUGACCAUGACAUGGGUUCUAAUACUGCAAACUUUUCAGUUGCUGACAGUAAUGUUACUCUUGAAUUUCCUUUUGUACAGUUGGAACAGAUGUAGGAUUUGCCCUUUACAGAAGAUACAUUGUCCAUGAUACUGAAUUACAGGUCAGUCUGAUUUAUUUGCUUUUGUAAAUGUAAGCUUGAAAGAGUAAACAUGUAGGGGUUUAUUCACUAAAAAGUGAAGUGUACUGAGUGGGUAACCAACACGCACAAUUUAUAGUGUUGUUUCCUAAACUCCAUACUGGCACAUUUGAGACUAAAUUAUACACUAUAGAUAAAUUUAAGAAUUUGCUAUAUUGGCCUGUUAAAUUUUUACUUUGCAACAAACAUCUGAGGAGCAGAGGUGAAAAAGCCCUUUUCAAAGGCAUUCUAUAAAGGGACUUUGGUCUAAAAUAUCCCUUUAUUAGCUAUGUCUAGUUGAUGUUAAUCAAUUAUAACUUGCUAAUGUAAAGCUAUAAUUAUUAUGGUGGAUUUGUCAGUGGACAACAGAUUCCCUAGUAAUGCACAUUAUGUUGCUAGUACCAAAGGUUGAGAAAAGAUAGUGGUAGCAAGCAUUGCAUUGAUAUUUUUGUUUUGAUAUAAAAUUGAGGGUUCUGGUAUGAAAUAUUCUAUCAGAUUGGUUAAUAUCAAUAGCACUGGUAUUCAGCGCACUGUAAUUGCUGUUAUGAGUCAAAGUGUAUGAGACCGACUAAACAUGUUGCUUUGUGCCAGAAUAAUAUUAGAAUUGAGUUACAGACAUCUCUCCAUUCACAUGCUUAUGCUCUGACAAUGAAGCCAUUGUGUAGGUGUCAUACUGCAGGGGGCACCUUAUGUGUCAGUUUGGCAGGGCAAAUCCUAUAAGCGGUGGGCAGAAAUAUGUCAGCUGUGAUGUUGCUGGAGUGACUGCCGGUAUUUAAUAGAAAUGCAGUUUAUAGUUUAACAUCUCUUAAUAUACAAUUAACAUAUUUUAUUAAAAUUGCAAACCACAAAAAUGAACACAAUUUAGUUAAGAUGCUAACAGAGUAAUGUAUAUAACUUAUUUGGGUUGAUAAGCAUGGUGUGUCAUAUUUGCUUCCUAUAAAUCAACUAUAUUUUAAUGCCUUCUGCUGAAUUUCAUUCAGACAAAGCAAAACAUUUGCACAUUUACUGUACAUGGUAAAUACAAAGAAACAUACUACAUUAGGAGACCGAUCAUGACUAAAAAUAUCAUCCUUGUAUGUCUUCAUUCUAUAAUUCAAAAUGAAAUUUAGAAAAUGAUUAAGAUCUCACAUGGUCCUAGGCAUGUUUUCAGUCCCCCCCUUUCAUUCAAUUACAGGUCAGUCUGGUAAAUGGGGCCAGUAAAUUCCUAGUUCUGGGCUCCUGACUAACUCUUGAGCCCUAGGCUAGGCAGUUGCCAAGGCUCGACUUACAGUUAUUCCUGCUCUGAUGAAAUACAAACCUCCUAGUUGAUUUGAAAGUCAUCUUCGUUAGAAGAUUGGAGUACUGCUGCUUUACCGUGUUUUCUAAUGUGACCUAUAUUUUCAUUUCUAGGUCUCUUUCGUUGCUCACUUUGCAGGAGCCAUGGCUGGAAUGUCUAUUGGUUACACCGUAUUCACCUGCUUUGACAAAAACUUAAUCAAAGACCCCAGAUUCUGGAUUUGUAUUGCGGCUUAUGUUGCCUUUCUGAUUUUUGCUGCUCUUUUUAAUAUCUUCUUCUUUUCAGCAUAUUGAAUUGUGAAAGAGUCCAAGAAAAAGGCAGAACUAAAUUUAUGAACAAUGUUGUGUGUAUAAUCUUUUCCUUGGAUGUAUAGUCUUGGAACACUAUAUUGUAUGGAAGAUAUGCAUGACAUAUAAGCGAAGGUUUCAUCCAUUUAGUCUCACUUUCGUGGUCUCUUUCUACUGUUAUGCCAUAGUUACCAAGUUAACUUGCAGCCAAGGUUAGUCUGAGUUUGACAAUUUCUACAAACACAAUAUAAUGCAGGGAACACUCAUGUGCAAUAUCAUCUCUACAAAAAAAUAUUGGUGGCUUCAAUCAUAAUUUUGAUAUAUAUUAUAAGGAAACUAUAAACCUUUUUUUUUUUUAUAACAAAAUAUGAACUUGUCUGAAGUUGGCAUCUUACCAGCCUCUGGGAGAAACCUUAACUACAUUAUGUGUCUGAGUGUCAGUAUUAUGACUAACAGCCUCUAAUCCAUUUCCUUCCUAAAUUAUUUUUAAAAAAUUAUAAAAAAAAAAAAAAACAACCCCAAAUAGAUGGGAAAUACAACUCUAAAAGAUCAGCUAAAUGUACAAAGUGUAGUUCCAGAUUGUUCCUUAUACAGUGUUUUGUGGUAACAAAGUUGAGCAAUUUGUGCCAAAUUUGCUGCAUUGUACAAAAUCGUCAUCUUUUCCAAGUUUCCACUGUGGCCUAAAUUUUUUCAGUCAGGGUGCUAUAUUUCCCCAGCUCUGAACACAACCCUACUUACUAUAGUAACACAAUGUAUGUUACACAUGAGUACACAGAUGCUCAUUUAUGGCCUAAAAGGGAACUUAUUUAAAAAAACAAACAAAAAAAAAAAACUAUUGUAAUAACCAUACAAAACUAUGUGUAUUUUAUUAGCCUGGCAUGUAUACUUUCCUAUACAUUAAUCCUUUUUCUUCAUGUUCCUGAAGUAACCAAAGAGAGUUAUCUAAAAUAACAUUAUUUAAAAAGUGAUGCUGAUCUAAAAAUGGAGAAAUCCCCAUUGAAGCCAGCAGAAUCUUCCUGUUGAUUCUAUAAGGUUCCAUGGUUAUUACUCCAUAUUUGUACUUUUUUACACAUUUUCUGUAAGCAAUACUUUUAUAUCUUUUAAAUCUCUCAAUUUUGCAAAAAACUAAACAAAAGACGAUUAAAAAAAACACAACAAAAAAACCUUCAUCUGUUAAAAUAUGCAAAUAAUUUAAAUCCAUGAAGUUUUGCACGGUAUGUGAUUGUGCCCAUUGUCUCUAAAGGUGUAUAUUAUAUCAUUGGUGCACUUAUAAAGAGUACGGCCACAAGUGCAUCCAUUGGCUUUUCUAGAAGUACAUAUACAUGUUAAUGUUGGUGUCAAAAAUUCCUAUAGCGACACAUUGAGUGUGAAUUCAGCUCCUGCUUAACCCCUUAAGGACACAUGACAUGUGUGACAUGUCAUGAUUCACUUUUAAUCCAGAUGUUUGGUCUUUAAGGGGUUAAAUAUUCAUCAACGUUAUCCAGGUACCAGCAGAGCCCCUAUCCGAUUCUUUCAAUAUACAUCUAAAUAUGAACUGCUAUGAUUGCUGGUUACACGCCCAGAAUGCUCUGAGAGCAGGUUAGUAGUUUGACAUAUCUAACAGUAGUCAUCCAUGAGCUAAGACAGGAAGGUUGGAAGAUAAGAAAGAGAAACGUUUUCUCCCUCCCUCCUCGAACCAAACUCUGCAACAUACAAGAUAUCGACAGACGUUAUCAGUUUGAAAUAGAUUAAUUUUUAUAGUGAGUGAUCACUUGGUCACUUUACACAUGGACCAAGGGUUCUAGAAAUUAACUUGUCCAUAUUAUUCAAGCAGGAAUGUUCAAAUCAUGGGGGUAAGCAAAUUGUGGUCCAUUAGAUAUUCGAAGAUGCAUUUUAUUCUAUGUUGUAGCACAUUGGCCAGUGAGUGGAUCCAUGUUUACAUACUAUACUAUAACACGUCUACGCUCUAUCCCACAAGUAAUGUCUAUGGAAUGUUUGCUGCAACUGUUUUCUUAACGGAGCAUGUGCAAAUUCAGGUCCUCAAAGCUUCAACCUUUAAAAAAAAAUAAUAAUAAAAAAAAAUUUACGCUUUGUCUCUCUACAGUGACACUAAAGGGUUAUGUUAGAGGAGUUUGGUAUUUCUGCUUCUGCAUAGCAGUUCCUUAAAUAAACUACGGGAAGGAUUCGUUUCAUUCUUGUCUGUUUUAGGAGGAUUUUUUUUUUCUGAUAGGAACAUUUUGAAUCAAAAUACAUUGAUUUUCUAUUUUUACAUUAGUGCAUUUUUUGUUAUUGGGUAUAUAAAGACUUAAAAUUGUAAAAAAAACAAAAAAAAAACCAUAAAACUGCUGUGUGGCAUUAUCUCAAGCCCCAAUACAUGUGUGUUUGAAAUAUCUUUUUUUUACUCUUUUACUGAAAAUGCCCCAAUAAAAAGGAAAUUUGAUAAUAUUCUAUUUUUUUUAAAAUUGUAUUAGGAUUGGGAAAAUUUGCAACAAAUGUGAAUAUUAGACCAGACUACCUGGAUUGGAAAGAAUCUUUAACUAUUUAUUUUUUUCCCAAUUUAUUAUUUUGGCUUUAAAUGUAAAUAGCCAUUUUGAUGUUACUUAACAAAUUCCAGUUUAAUGAUUAAUCCUGUUAUUGUCAGUAUGACACGUGUUACAUUAAAAGGGGGACUGUCAUUUCCAAGCUUUUUCAAUAUUCUGUUCAUUUAUCCCUACAUUUAAAGGACCACUCUAGGCACCCAGAC